GAAGAACCAACCACACGUAUCCUGAGAAACUUUCCUCAGAACUUUAGCCUAGUUGCUCCUUUUAUUUCAGAUUUCCUGUAUUUUAUUUUUCAUUUGUUCCAAAGUCAUGGUACAGUUGGCGAGAACAAAUAUUUCAGAAUUGGUUACCAGCGCUAAUGAUUUACUUCAGAAGGCGGCUACUGCCCGAAAGGAAUUGGCCUAGUUGCAAAUGUGAAUUCUUUGAAAUGUUUCCUUGAACUUGACGCCGAAUAGAUAACAGGGACGGGAACAUUCAGAACUGGUACAUCACUUUGCACCACGUCCAACCAACCCGUUAGACAACGUGAGCACUACAAAAACAAAGUGGAGAAACCUCGAUAAGCCUGUCGGACAGUUUCUGGUAAUUCCCCAGUAAAGGGGGAAGUGAGAGGUUACAGGGUUCAGGCCGACACUUCAGUGACGGGGCGACGGCUUUGGGAGGCUCUGAGAGCGGGCACCGAUGGGCUGGGGGUCGGUGCAGCUUCUCCUUCUCCUGGUCCUGAUCCCCCCGGGGAGCCAGGCCGGGGCUCCACUGUCGGUGGGGUGCCUCAGCUGUGAGAAGCUGUGGCAGGUUAAAGAGCGGACCGUGUACGGCGACGACUCCGGCCUCCCGAGGCCUCGGGUUAGCGCCGACGAGCUGGGCUCUGGGGCCACGCCGCCGCUCGAAGCGGGCUCCCGCCUGGGCCUGAAGCCCGGCAUGGCCGCCCCUCCCUUCGUCCUGGAAACCCUGAACGGAACGCUAAGCUACCCGGCCGUGCCGGAGCAGCCGGGACUCUCCUUCAUCUUCCAGGCGUUCACCAACAAGUCCGGCUUCCUCGAAUGUCUCUGGAGCUCAACGGCGUCUCUGGCCGCCCUGGUCGACGGUCUGCCCGCUCACACCCACUUAGUCUUCAUGUCCUUCGACGACUCGGCCCCCGGGGAUGUCAGGUGGAUGAAGCAUCAGCUUAUCCCCGUGAUGGAGGCAAGGUUGAAAAACAUCAGUAGGUUUAAAGAUUUCCUGUCUCGACUUCACUUCAUACCAAUUCCUGUCUAUGCUCUGGGAAACUGGAUCCCUGCGAUAUUCUAUGCCUGGAGAUGUCAACAGCACAACUGUGGGCUUGCUCAAGUUGUUUUCACUUCAGCAGAAUUGAGAAUGACAGUUGUUAUCAAACGACUGGAUGCCAGAUAUGACUGGAUAAUGAAAAGCUGGAGUUCAGUACCAUAUAUUCUCAGAGAUGGUGGAGAUGGCUGUAAAAUAUCACCUAGAGUGAAAAAUGCUGUGGCUUUGGUCUCUGACGAGGGAAACUGUUCAUACUUUACAAAGGUCAACAAUAUGGCUAAUUCUGAAGCACUAGGAGUCCUAGUUUAUGUAAAGCCUGGCAGACCACUACAGGAUAUGAACUGUAGGAGAGAAGAAUGUCUCACAACUAUCAACAUACCAGCCUCAAUAAUACAUUUUCAGAAGGAUGUGAUUGAUGCAUUAAGAAACCAUGCCAAAGUGAACGUGACAUUCCAGCAAACUCCUUCACCCAAUUUUUACUUUGGAAUUGACAAGGAGGGAAAAUUGUCAGAAUUGGGUUGGUUCCUCUAUCCAACAUUUAAUUUCAUUGUCUGGCAAGCUCAAUGGUUUAUUUAUACGAGAAACUUGAAUGCAAAGCUUCAGAAAUCAGCUACCAUAAUAAAUGUGUUCAAUGACACUGUAAUGCAGGGGGGAAAAGGAGCAGUAGCAACUGUGAGACUCCCAGAAGAUCUAUUUUCAUAUGGCCACCUGGAACUCGAUGCUUCAUUGUCAUGUCCUGGAACAAAAGAUGAAACUUGUGCCCAUUGGGAUCACACAGUUCAGCUUUAUGUAUGCUGUAUACACGGCAGCUUGUACUGCAAUCUUGAACUUGGAAGAUGGAUUACACCAUUCCGUAGACGUAUUGGCCGCUGGUUAACAGAUGUCUCACCACUUCUACCCCUGCUUAAUUCUAAACAAUGCACAUUUACAAUGAAGACUGUACCUUGGGCCAUGCCAUGGAAACCAUCCCUUAGUCUUCGUUUCAGUAAAAGGAGCCAGUCAUCAUCAGACUACCAUUCAUCACUGUACCCUUUUAAACUGCUGCAACUCUUCACUGGUGGGAUAUUUAACAUAAAUUACAACAAGAAGUAUCAUCCAAUUAAGUUUGUUGUACCGUCCUCCACCAAGAAGGUUGAAUUAUAUGCUGUAAUCACAGGCCAUGGAAGUGAUGAGAAUGGCUGCGGAGAGUUCUGUGUUACUUCGCAUCAUUUUGUAAUUAAUGGCAUAUUUAAUAAUACGAGGACAUUUGAUGAUGCUGGUACUCCUUUUGGAUGUGCUAACAAGGUUUUGAAAGGUGUGGUCCCGAAUGAACAUGGCACAUGGUUGUACGGCCGAAAUGGAUGGUGUGAUGGGCAGGAUGUGGCACCGUGGAGGAAGGACGUCACUAAGCAGGUGAACAUGACUGGAUUAAACAGCAUUGUGUAUUUUGGCUGGUUUGACGGCAAGGAUCCAAAUCCGAAAAAGAACCCUGGAGAAAUUACAAUGUAUUCCUACCUUGUAUUUUACAAGUAAAAUCAUAAAUACUAACCAAAACUCAAAUGUAAUGUUAACUCUGAAGGAGUUUGCUACCAAACCCUGGAAUUUUAUUACUGAGAUUACAAACCAUGAUCUAGAUGUUGCUGUCUGUACUCAGCAGGCACAUUUGUUGCUGCUGCUGUCUUAAAUGAUCACUGUCAAUGUUUGUGAUAUUCAUGUUUGAAUGUCACAUGAGCCAGCUUUAAAAGCUAAUAUUUCAAUUUUCAGCUGCGAUUUUUUUCUGGCAGAGCAUUGGCAUGCAAAAUCAAAAUUAACCAGAUCUGCUACAGGUAGGCUAAAGCUUUGCAAAACAGCAUCUUUUUCUACCAUUAAUUUUUAAUCUUGAUAAUGAACCAUCACUUUUACUUUUGUCAAAAUACCUACAAUUGUUACAAGCUGAGCUGCACUUGAUUUUCUUCCAUGUAUUCUCUGGGAAUAAUUUGGUUAAAACUAGAUUUUUUUUUACAUUCUACUUCUGCUGAUUUGUAAACAAAAACUGCUGAACUUUGCGUUUAUGUAUCCACUUACAUUACAAUUGCAGUAGAAUGUGUAUUACUUUGUUCAUUGUGCUAAAGACUAAAUAAAAGUGAAAGCUGACUGCUAAAAUUAA